UGAAGAGUCUAGGCCCACCGUUGCUUACAGUUGGAAGAACGUGGGAGCUGUAAGAGGGGAUCCUGCACGCCGCUACAUGCGUUACAUGGACGACCUAGACUGCCUCACUCAAAAUCAGAUCUUCUGGACAUCGUACAGUAGAGCCGAGCUGGACGAGUUGGAACUGAGUGAUAUUUGCACACGCGAUGCCGAACUGUGGAGGACUUGCGUGCUUUUGAUUUUUUUCUUUGUAGUCGAGAUGCACUUGCCGCACCGUGUCAAGAGACAGUUCGGCAGAUUGCAAGACUUCCCUCCGGAGGGAAUUUCGACGUCCCAAGCUUUGCAUAGUAUUGACAGGAAGAAACGGUACACUGAGAAUGAUUGGCGUGUCAAACAUGCACAGCCACUGGCACAGUGGGAACAAAGGCAAAGGAUGCACCCGGAUAGUGGACCGGCACAUAGGCACAACCAUUACAAGGAGUACCUUCGGUGGCUUCAUUCAGUGUCUAAAGUUUCAGUCAAGCCACCACAAUCCACUGAACCUAUAGAAGACCACGCGGACACCGACGAUGAUGAUGACAUCAUCGAUGCAUACGAUGAUAUCACUCGUGGAGGAGUUCAGCACGAACGGGACCCUUUGCAGAACUACAUGGUACAUCAUGCUCUUUGUUUGACAUUUCCUUACGUUUGCACAUUUUCAAUUAUUUUUGGACUAACUGAAUUUAAAUAGGCACAACGACUCGGAUGCCUCGCUAACAAGGCUGGCGUGGCAAUGGCUCA